AUGUUGGCGCUACUAACACCUCUGCACAUUUCCGCUCUGCCAGCCACCACCAACGACCCUGGAACAUCGCACAUUGUUAGCUAUGUACAUCAACGGAAAUCGGCGAAAUUCCAAAAACCAGGAGAACAUAAUGAAUUCUCAAACUUCGAUUUUGAAAAUUUCAAUUCAAAUUUGACUGCCGAAAAUCCGGAAAUGCGUGGAGCUCUACAACAACUCUUUGGUAGAUUUGUACAAAAUUUAGAAACAAAUUUAGACAAUUUGGGCAAACCAACAGAGAAGGAGAUGGGAGUGGUGGCCAAAAAUGUCGCACUUCAAGAUGGAAAUUCCGAAAAUAAGGAAAUAUUUAAAAACACCGAAACCGAUGAUCUCUUCGAGUUGCAAGCAAAUACCUUAGAUGCUGUCAUGCCAAACAAUGAACAACAUGAGUCUCAAAUAAAUGAGACUAUGUGGCAACGUUCUAAACAAAGUAUCCCAGUGCUGGAGUCGGUACGUCAUUUGGUAAAUAGUGUACGAGAUGGAGCCCUUAACGAUACGGAACAUGUUAAACCCGAACGUCAUCAUUUGCUCUCAAUGCACGGCCAAAUGGCAGAAAAUGAAACCUCACCGGCCAUAGAAACCGAAGAAGAACGUGAAAUGAUUAACGAAAGUACCGAUUUGAAAUUCUUAGAAGUUAUUGGUUCGAUUGGUAGCCGUGUAUGGGGUUUCUUUAAGAAUAUAAAACAAGUUUUUGCCGCCAGUAGUGGCAGUGCCAGUGCUGCUUUAUCGGCUCAAAGUUCUUCGAGUAGUUCUUAG